AACGGCAGUGCACAUUGAGAAAGCCCGUCGUAGGCUGUCUCGACGUGUAUGUUCUGAACGCUCCGCAACAUGUUAAUGAGUUCUCGUCAGCUCCCAACGAAAAAUUCACGUGGUGUAUUCAGUAUACGAAGGAAAACCACUAGUGCGAGACAUUUACCCUCUUGAUCGAGUCUUUCACGUAGUACCAAUUGUGCAAUAAGCAAGCUGAGGAACGAUGCCAGGCAAAGGGGGCAGAAGAGGAAAGUACGGUCACGGUGGAAAAAGAGCUGAGUUAACAUCCGACGAGGACUCCGUCUACAAUGACGCGUGUAGCGAUACCAGCGGCCAGUCCGACAAUCGUAGCGUGCUGGAGGAUGUGAAUGACAACGAGGUGGACGAACUUGCGCAGCAGGAGGCGUUCGAGGAGAAGCUGAGGGAGGCCAUCGACGGCCUGACCCAGAAGAGCGCCAAGGGCCGGACGAUCUGCUUCAACGGGAUCGAGAAGAUCUUCGCCAUCAAGUACAUCCCCGACUUCGUGGAGGACAGGAAGAUGACCAUCGCGGACUCUGUGGAGCGCGGCCUAAAGAAGGGACGCGGCGAAGAGCAAUCCACGGCGGCCAGGCUGAGCACCCUGUUAUGCGUUCAGUUGGGCGCGUUCGAGAGCGCCGAGAUGGUCUGCAGGGACCUCAAGUCGACCCUGACCUUCAUCGCGAGCGACAAUACAGCUUCCGUUCAUGCUCGCGCCGAGUGCUGUUGGGCGCUGAGUAUGAACCAAUUCUUGUCGGGCAACGACGCAGACGACACCAUCGAAAUUAUGCAGCUGCUAUCGUCUAUUUUCUCCGGAUCCUAUCUGAAGGGGAACGGCGCGAUCGCAAACAUAUCUGCGGACACGGCGGCGCUACACGCAGCGGCUAUCUCCUCAUGGACUCUGCUUCUGACGGUCAUGACUUCCGCGGACAUCUACAAUUUGCUGGCGAGCGACAAAACGAACAGUUACAUGCCUUCUCUCAAUCGAUUGCGCGAAUUGCUGGAAUCACCGCAUCUCGACGUACGUUUAUCGGCCGGCGAGGCGUUGGCCGUGGUGUUCGAGCUCGGCCGCGACUUCUCCUGCGACUACGAGCAGGACUGGGCGCUGGAUCUCGUCGAAAUUCUCAGGGAACUCGCCACGGAUUCAAACAAGUUCAGAGCCAAGAAGGAUCGCAAACAGCAACGUGCUAAUUUCCGAGACAUUCUGCGUUACAUCGAGGAAGAUGUUGUUCCGGAGAUGCACGUGAGAUUUGGCCAGGAGAUCUUGUACUUGGAGGGAUGGUGCGCGAGGACGCAAUAUAACGCCUGCUGCCGAUUGUUGGGUCCCGGUAUCAAUAUCCAUUUAGCUGAGAAUCAACUGCUGCGUGAGAUCUUUCACCUCGGCAACAAAGUUCUACCUAUACCAUCGUCCCAGAAAACAAGCAAAUUAGAGAGGACGCUGAUGAACGCAGCCGCAUUCAAGGCGCGCACGAUCCAACGCAACAAGAACCGUGACAAACGAUCCGCAGCUAUGGCACCGUAAUCGCUUCUCACUUCUGCUCCUGCCUGUCUAAUUCUUCUGUUAGCGUAAUACAGAUAUUAUUCAAUUUCUUAUUUAUUAUAAAAUUCUAUAGCGAAUUAUGAUUUUGCUCGGUACCUCGGGACUGAAUUGCACACGAAUUCUACUCCACAUAGGUUCUCCAUUCACGGGAAUUUUAUAAUCCGUAUUAAUAGUCGUUACAUGAAACUUGUCUCAAAUGAAAGAUAUUCAAGUACAAUUGAAAUCUGAAUAUCUUUCAAGGCCCGUCUACAAUGGAAGUAAAGUAUGGCUGUAAGAAGUAAGAGUAAUAAAUUGACCAAUCACAGUCGAAUGUGAGAAGAAUAAUCGACUGUGAUUGAUCAAUUUCUUACUAUUACAAUCACACUUGAUUUACAUGAUUGAUCAAUUUCUUAUUAUUACUUCUUAUAAUCACACUUUACUCCCAUUGUAGACGGCCCUUCAAUUUAGAUAGAUGUGUAUAAGUUAUAUACAUGUGUGCAUUGGUGUGUAUUAUACAAGUGAAUACAUUUAUAUUGCAUAGUUAUUUGGCAGAAUAUUUGGAAGGAUUUGUGUAGUAAAUUCUAUAUAUCCUAAUAUUAUCAAAGAUUGUAGGCCGUGAUAUAAUCUCGGCUUACAAUCUUUGAUAAUAUUAGGAUAUAUUGAAUCACUAUACAAAUCCUUCCAAAUAUUCUGCCAAAUAACUAUGCAAUAUAAAUGUAUUCACUGGUAUAAUAUACACCAAUGCACACAUGUAUAUAACUUACACACAUUUAUCUAAAUUGAAGGGCCAUCUACAAUGGGAGUAAAGUGUGAUUGUAAGAAGUAAUAGUAAGAAAUUGACCAAUCACAGUCGAUUAUUCUU